ACCAUCUGCUAAUGGGAAUUGCUUCUCUCUAUUUACCUUAACUAAACUAGUUACAAUCUUGUACACUUCUUGUCACAUCUCAACCUUUACUGCAAAGAGAAUAGCUGCCGUUUAUCCUGUUUCCAUCUGGCAUUUUUGUAGUGCAUAAAAAUAUCCUUUAGAAUGUAGUCUUCAAAAUUUAUAAGCCUUCUUCCCAGGGCUGGAGACCUGAUGGACAGAAUUGUCAACUCUCAUCUUUGAUAUAAUGAACUGAUGUCUCAUGGGUGGCAUUCCAUGCUACAGCUUUCUGUAUCUUCUGUGAAUACACUGAAAUAGUUUUGUGAAUAUUUCUGUAAACAGAAUGCAAAAUUUUGUGUAUGCACAACCUCUGUGGAUCAUACUGUAAGAAGAAUCUAAUGCCCUGAUCAAAAACUCACCCAAAAUCGCUGUUUGCCUAUUCUUACUACUAGUAACGUUUCUUAAUGGCUACACCAAACCACCCUAUAAUGGGUAGCUACAUGUUCUUCAGUACGUUUUAUUCAAUGGUUAUAACUGUAUUUAGAAAUGUCAAUAUUAUAAAGGGACCUUAUUUAUCUAUUUACCUGCCAUUUUAAAAUUAAUUUUUGGCUUUUUCUAUUUCCACUAUUCUUAUCUAAACAGCAAUUGCAGCUCAAUGGCUCAUUUCUUUAUAUUGUUCUCUUUAGCUUCAUAUUCUGUCUGCUUUUGUCAUCUAGUCUCCCAUAUCAGCUUCAUUACUUCUAGACAUCUGUGAGGCCAUGAUCUUCUCGAAUACCUGCAUAGAACACUGGCAUUGGCUGGGAUCAUUUUCCACUACAAAAUUAAACACUAUUGCUGUUUUGAUCAGUAAAUGUUUUUCAAAAGCCAGCCAAUUGCAAAUGACAUUCAUUAUUUUGCAAUCAUACUAAAUAUUAGAUGAAGCAUUAAAUUCAGAUAUUACUUUCCAAUGUACUAAAAUUUUGCAACUGGUUGUUCAGGUUAGAUUAAGUUUGACAAAUCCAUCAUUUCACUUGAGAGAUUGUAAAUCUGAGUAACAGUGUAAAGAGAGGAUAAUGUGGGAUUAGUUGGUCACAUAAUUUUUCUUUUAUACCUAUCUUGUAGGAGUUCAGUCAUCACCCGUACUUUCAGUAAUCUAUCAAGACUCUAUUUUCUUUGUUAACCACUUCAUUAAUACAUAUGCAAGGAUACAGAGUUCUGGUGUGACUUAAAAAACACAAUCAUGCAGCAAUUAUUGUACCCCAAGCAUGAUUACAUGUGACCUGUAUCAUCCAAUUAUACAGUCAUCGUAGAUGAGCGUUCACAUGACCAAUGUACACACAUUUAGUGACCAGUAUUUGAUCAACUUGAGAUGGAAGGCAGCUGAUUAUCAUGAGCCUUGUAAGACACUCCCUGAUCAGUAUCCAAUCUGUUGAUUGAAUCAGUCAAAAUGCUUAAUUAUUAACUACAUCCCUCCAAAGGUCAUUUGUACCAAAAAGACCUGUUAUUGGUAGCCACAUUUCCUCUGCUGACGACUGUUGUCAUAAACAUUAAAGAGAUUAAAAUAGUAAUGCAGAUUUUCUUUUAGAGUUAUGCACUCGAUUUCCACCAAAGUACUUAGAAUAUAUGAAUGUGGUGUUCAGCUGUAAUGUAAAUGCCAUGUGUUACCAGAAUUGGUAAAGUACAGACUGCCAUAAUUCUUCAUAGAAAUUAUUUCUUUUGUUGCUCAGACGCUGCAAUUUUUUUUUCAUUUGAAGUCCGGUUUUUAGUUUACAGUGUUAUUUGUUUAAUUAAAGACUAGAUCGAAGGUUGUGUGCCUGACUGACUGAAACUGACUGCAUUCUUUGCAAAAAAAAGUUGUGAUCCUGAGACUGACCCAUUUUCCGUAGCUGAACUGCAGUGCUCACUUUUCAAAACUGCUGAUUACUAAGAUGAACCUAGUCUAAAUUGGAAUCUUUGGAAUUUUGUAUCAUCUUGGAGAAAUGGGUGUAACUCUAUUCCUCACUAGACCUGUCAGCAUCAGCUAAGAAAUUCAACACCAACAAAUUAAGCACUGGCAGUCUUGUGGAAUGCUACUAUAAAGAGCAUGAGAAAUAGUCAGAAGUGAAGUUAACAAGAUAAAUAGUAGUUGCCAUCCCAAUAUCUGUACAACUGGAAUUCCAUAAUUUCGAUCAGGGCAGAAGUUAAAGGACAAAGUAUUUUGCCAUUCUGUAUUGUUCAUUUUCUCCCCUUUUUUCUUUUGUUGCUGUCAAGUAACAGGUUCGGUCAUUGUCUUUAUAACCUUUGUGGACUAAAUUAUAUCUGUAUUGUAAUAAAAUGUUUGGCUUUAUGGAAACAGCUGAUUUAGCUGUUGUAGGAUUUUAUUUUGUUCUUGUAUUGUGCAUUGGAUUUUUUGUAAUGUGGAAGUCCAACAGAAGUACCGUGAGUGGAUACUUCCUUGCAGGACGCUCCAUGACCUGGUUAGCAAUAGGUGCUUCAUUGUUUGUGAGCAAUAUUGGCAGUGAACAUUUUAUUGGUUUAGCAGGAUCUGGAGCUGCCAGUGGGUUUGCAGUGGGAGCUUGGGAGUUUAAUGCAAUGUUACUUUUACAGGUAUUGGGUUGGGUCUUCAUCCCAGUCUACAUUAGAUCUGGUGUGUAUACCAUGCCACAGUACCUUUCCAAGCGUUAUGGUGGUAACAGAAUAAAAAUCUAUUUUGCUCUGUUGUCCUUGCUACUGUACGUCUUCACAAAGCUUUCUGUUGAUUUGUAUGCCGGUGCACUCUUCAUCCGGGCGUCACUGGGCUGGGACCUGUACCUCUCUAUCAUCAUUUUGAUUGGGUUGACUGCAGUAUUAACUGUCACAGGAGGACUUGUGGCUGUCAUCUACACGGAUGUUCUGCAGGCUAUUCUUAUGAUUGGUGGAGCUUUAACAUUAAUGGUUGUCGGUAUGGUCAAAGUGGGAGGCUUGGACGAAUUGAGACGAAGAUACAUGCUCGCCUCUCCAAAUGUUACUGCAAUCAUUACUUCCUUAAAUCUAAGUUCGACUAACACUUGCCGUAUUCACCCAAAAGAAGAUUCUCUAAAGAUGCUACGUGAACCAACUGAUGAGGAUAUUCCUUGGCCUGGUUUCCUGUUGGGUCAAACACCAGCCUCUGUUUGGUAUUGGUGCGCUGAUCAAGUCAUCGUGCAGCGAGUCUUGGCUGCAAAGAACAUCGCUCAUGCCAAAGGAGCCACUUUGAUGGCUGGUUUUCUGAAACUCUUGCCCAUGUUUAUCAUAGUCAUUCCAGGGAUGAUUUCCAGGAUUCUCUUUACUGAUGAGGUUGUUUGCAUUAAUCCAGAGCACUGCAUGCAAGUAUGUGGCAGCAGUGCAGGUUGCUCAAACAUUGCAUACCCACGCCUAGUGUUGGGAAUCUUACCUGUAGGUCUUCGUGGCCUAAUGAUGGCAGUCAUGAUAGCAGCUUUAAUGAGUGAUUUGGAUUCUAUAUUCAAUAGUGCCAGCACAAUUUUUACCCUUGAUGUCUACAAGCAUCUUCGAAAGGCUGCCACCUCUCGAGAACUUAUGGUUGUGGGUCGUUUAUUUGUUAUCUUCAUGGUAGGCACGAGCAUUGCCUGGGUUCCUAUAAUUGUGGAGAUGCAGGGAGGACAAAUGUAUCUUUACAUCCAAGAGGUAGCAGGAUAUCUCACGCCACCUGUGGCAGCAGUGUUCCUACUUGGUAUUUUCUGGAAACGCUGCAAUGAGCAGGGGGCCUUCUAUGGAGGGUUGGUUGGAUCAAUUUUGGGGAUUUCAAGGUUGAUUCUUGCCUUUGUAUACCAUGUGCCAGAAUGUGACCAGUUUGAUACCAGACCAAGUUUUAUCAGAAACAUUCAUUAUAUGUACUUGGCAGCAGCUUUGUUUUGGAUCACCAUCAUUAUAGCUGUCAUAGUGAGUCUGCUGACUCCUCCUCCUUCCAGAGAGUUGAUUUGCACCACCACAUUCUGGGCAUUAAAAGACACAGAAAUCAUACAAAGUAGUCAUAAAGAAGAAUCUGAUAAAUUAACAGAUAAAAGCCUGGCAAAAUGUGGUGAUGAUAUCAGAUGUGCAGAAAUUUCUGAUUGUAAACACAAAGAUGAUGAUUCAUCUCCACUAGCUGAUCGAAUAGAAUUAGUUCUUUUAAUGCCUGGACGUGGUGAAUCCAAAUCUGUGACUCCACGUGUCAAUGAAGUUCAGACAGCAAAUGACUCUUAUGUAAAUGGCCAAACAACCCCAGUGGACCAAAUGGAUAAAAAGGAACCUGAACUGAAAAAGAAUAUGUGGUGGAGAUUUUUUGAUCAAUGUUGUGGAAUCAAAAAUUAUAGUGUGAAAAAGACAGCAAAAGAUUCUGUAGAAAGUGAAAUGGUUUGCUUACAAAUGUUGCAAGAGAGUCCAAAAAUUAAAUUGGUACUAAAUAUUGGUCUUUUUGUUGUAUGUUCUCUUGGCAUAUUCAUGUUUAUCUAUUUCUCUUUGUAAAAUGAAAGUUACUUAAUGACAGUAUUGUGUUCCAUCUUCCCAGCCCUGAGUUGGUGAUCCUUUUUGGUCCACUUUGGGAAAGAUAUACAAAGGAGUAAAGAUGAGGCUUUAGUAUCAGUUGAUUUCUGUAACUGGUGAAAUGAAGACACAUUUAUACUUCGUUCAUUGAAUUAUUUGUUUUGUUUAUGGCUUAUAAAUGGUUUUAAAUACUUUUGUGACAAGCAUGUAGAGCCCCCUUUUCAUUCAUAUAACUAACCAUUUAUCUAUUUAUUUUCCUGUUGGUUUCUUCAAAAUGAUGGGUACGUGUAUUGUAUUAGGAUAGGAUGAAUUUGAAGGGCACGGACCUGAACUGAUUUUAGGUAUAGCGGAAAUCCCAGAACAAACAUGUAACCCAGCAAAUUCUUUCUUGAUAAUUAAAGCCAACCAUCCACUUAUUCAUAUAGGUUAAUUACCUUUUUCUUGUUGUUUUGUUAUCUGAUAGAAACAGAGUUGUUGCUGGCAAUGUAUAGUGAAGGCACAGGUGCAACAGACUUGUAAGAGAGAUUGAUAUUCGUUGACAUGGAUGUCAAAUUGGAAUUUUGGGAGGGUGAUUGGAGUACAAUCCUCAUUAAGAUAAAUUGCUGUGAAAGUGACUUUAUUACUUGCGUUGAACAGUAUUUGCAGAGUACUUACUACUUAAUGUUGCAAGUGUUGCAAUGAUGCUUUCUGAAAGUUCAUAUUGGGUUAUGCUAACCUAGCUACCUAAUUGUGUUGCUUACAAAGGUAUUAUUCUAAUAUUUGCUUUAAUUACACCUCUAUCUCUAAACUUUCUACUCUUUUUGGGUCAUUGAUCAUGUCUUCAAUGACCCAGUUGAAUGCCCUUGGUUCAUCAGAUCUCCUGCUUCAAUUUGUCUGUUACCUGUUGACAACACCAAAAUAGCAUUUGCCAAAGUCUUGAAUAACACUUUGUGAUUGUGAUCCUGGUGCUUUAUCCCCUUUUGUCCUCCAGGAGUUAACUAUGGAAUUGAACAUGAUUCAGAAUUGAAUCAUCUAUUUUCUCUUGCUUAGUACCACCCUAACCAAAUCAAAUGCAGUCAGCUGAUGUGUAUCUGGAUUGAUCCAUCAAAACCACCUCUCCUAGUAUGCAUGUACUACCUCUAAGCAACAUUGUCUAAAGUUCAGGUUGGUUUCUACAAGUGCAUAAAUGAUUCCCAACUCUUAGAACCAAUUCAUCAACCCUUUCAAUGGGCCUGUAAGAUUAAUUAUUUAAUUAAUCUUAAAUGAGCCUUUUCUUUCUCUACCAUGACAAUGUCUUUGGGGUCUACAAUUAAAUUAUUACCUGGUAUAGAAUUUGCAAUAGUAAAUUAUCCCAGGCAGGGCUUUAAAAUCCAUGACCUAUUCAUCAUUUGAGAUUAUUUCUAUCCCUACAUCAAAUUUCCACUGAAGGGAAAAUAAGAUCCAAUUAUUGCAGCGUUGUUCUUGUAGACGUGCAAACGUCUAGUUAUAAGCAACUUGCCUAAAACAGCAAAAACUUGUGUUCCACAGUUUUAUUUGCCCAUGAUUUCCAUAUUCCUAAUCUUCUGUCUCUUGAAUUAAGUUUAGAAUGGUUUAUUGGAAAAUAUGUCAUAUUCUUAUCUCAGUGUACGAGGUCCUGCAACUUUAUAGAUCUUGAAAAUUUUGGUCUUCUCAUGUUUGUCUCUACUCGUUUCAUCCAUAUGAUUCCAUUGGUUCUGCUCUUUGAGCAUUCUUUUAUAACUACUUUGCAUCUCCACCUUCCUCUUUUUACACUUGAAAAAUGUUCUCAAAAUCCAUUCCUUUGGCCAAGUUUUCUCUGCCGUCUCUAAUUCCUCAGCAUUUGUUAACGUCAUCUACUUGAGGCUCCAUGGAACAUUUACUAUGAAAACACCCAAGGACUUGUGUUAUUUUCAAAAUAAUUAACUCAGAACAAAAUUCAGUUGCAGUGAGUUUUGGCUUCUGAUAGUUGAUUUAACAUUUGAAUAUGAAGAACAUGGAUCAUAUAGUAGGCCAUAAGUUCUCAAUGCCUUUUGUGUUAACUAUAACCCUAAUAUGUUCCAAAUUUAUUCUGAAUUAUUUAUUUGACUAAGACAAAAAGGUUGAAUGAGAAAGUUUCAGACAAAUUGUUUCUCAACUGCCUCUGUUAACAAAAAUAGCUUCUCACACAGUGAAGACCCAUGAAGAAUCAUUUUCCAAAUGGAAUUAAUUUCCAUUGAGUAGCUGGGGAGUGGGGUUAAUGGGAGAAGGUAAAUGUGUAGUGUGCAAGUUGGAGGCAGGGAGAGGAAUACAAAAUGAUCCUAUAGAGCAACCUUUCUAAUGUAGCAUAAUUGCAGAACGAAUAAGCAGUAAUUUUUGCAUGCUGAAAACUGGACGCAGUACAUUUCAGUUUAACCUUAAUGGUGUGCAGCCGUUCAAGCUAACUGAGUACAUCAUAGAUUUGGAAAAGAUAGAUUGCUAAUUUUAAAAUUAUCAAACUAGAAAUUGAAAAUGGACUGAAAAUCUAUUUUACUAACUGAGUACCAGAAAGAAAACAAAAUAAAAUAGAACUAAAACUUUGAACCAGUAUUAUUAGAACAAUUUGUUCAAAAGUUAAUGGUCAGGCUUGGGUUAUCAGUUGACAUAUGCCACACAAGUUGUAUGGCAAGGAAGAAGAUGGGAGAAAUAUCAAAGGCAACGUAUUUGUGACGUAAAGGAAAACGUGAACAUUUCCUGAAUGUAGAUAUGUUUUUAGGCAUGAGUAAUUAUUGUUCAAGUGGAUAGAACCUACAUUACUGUAUCAUGUUCAAUUAUCCUUUUUUUCUCAACAGUUUGCUGUUUUUUUUUAAAAAAUCAUUUUUGCAUUUAGGUUUGUAAGUCGUCUGUAAUUGAGAUGCAGAGGCUGCACAAGCCUUUAAAAUGUGUUUUUAAUUUUUAAAAAAUCUCAAUUUAUACUUCUAAUGCCAAGCUAAUCCUCACAUUAUCAUGAGGAUUAAU